GUCGGUUUUUUUUUUUGUUUGUUUCUUUCUUUGUAAGCAUAUUUAUACCUUUCAGAAACUUUGAACACAAAUGCAAAGUUGAUCGGUAGUCAAGUGGACUGAAAACAACCGUACCAGUGAAAAAGCGCGCACACACAGGAGAGGAGUGAGAGAGACGCUGCAACCAAAGCUGGCGGCGUACAGUCCGAAACGAGCAAUGGCGGAGCUCCGCCACUCUAGCUCCACCGGCAGCCGAUCCACGUCGUCUCCGAUGAACCGAGACGACGUCGCCUCACCAUUUGUACCCGAGAACCACCCCGACGACGGCGGCCGCUUUCGCCACUCCAGAGAUCGAGUCCGCUCGUUCUUGUCCAAUUUCCAACCGUUGCGCCCUUACUUCGGCGACGAAACUAGGGUUUUCCCACACAAUUCCAAGAUCUCGGUUCUCUUGAUGGUUAUCGUCCUCCUCGUCGUAUUGAUUUCAAUUUCUUCAAUCCUGAAUCGAUUGAAUGCCCCAUACGUGUGCAGAAAAGAUGGCAUCGUUCUUCACUGCCCACGAGUCAAGGAGCGUAACUCACUCUGGGAGAAUCCUUAUUCGGCCACCACUUCAUGGAAACCUUGUGCUGAGCGACAAAUUGGUGCAAUUUCAGAUCUUCCACCUGAGAAUGAAACAAAUGGAUAUAUAUUUAUACACGCAGAGGGUGGUCUAAACCAACAAAGAAUUGCUAUAUGCAAUGCUGUUGCUGUGGCCAAAAUAAUGAAUGCCACUCUUAUUUUGCCAGUGUUGAAGCAAGAUCAGAUCUGGAAAGACCAAACGAAAUUUGAAGACAUAUUUGAUGUGGAUCAUUUUAUUGACUACUUGAAGGAUGAUGUGCAAAUUGUUCGUGAUAUCCCGGAGUGGUUUACUGAUAAAUCAGAACUGUUCACAAGUAUAAGACGGACAGUGAAAAACAUCCCAAAGUAUGCUCCAGCACAAUUCUACAUCGACAAUGUUUUGCCUCGGAUUAAAGAGAAGAGGAUAAUGGCCUUAAAACCUUUUGUUGACCGACUAGGGUAUGAUAAUGUUCCUCCAGAAAUCAACAGGCUACGGUGCAAAGUAAACUAUCACGCUCUGAAAUUUCUUCCUAAAAUUGAGCAGAUGGCUGAUCAACUGGCAUCAAGAAUGAGAAACCGUACAGGCCUUUCAAAUCCAUACAUGGCCCUUCAUCUUAGGUUUGAGAAAGGGAUGGUAGGCUUAUCAUUCUGUGAUUUUGUGGGAACAAGGGUGGAGAAAGCACUGAUGGCUGCAUACAGAUUGAAAGAAUGGCCUCGACGCUACAAGGAUGGUUCCCAUUUAUGGCCACUGGCUCUGCAGAAGCGGAAGGAAGGACGGUGUCCUCUUGAGCCUGGGGAAGUUGCAGUGAUGCUUCGGGCAAUGGGUUAUCCUAAAGAAACUCAAAUUUAUGUUGCUUCUGGGCAGGUUUAUGGUGGACAGAACCGCAUGGCCCCUCUCAGGAACAUGUUCCCAAAUCUAGUUACAAAGGAGGAGUUAGCAAGCAAGGAGGAGUUGGAUGGGUUCAGGAAGCAUGUGACGAGCUUGGCAGCCCUCGACUUCUUGGUCUGCUUGAAGUCUGACGUGUUUGUGAUGACUCAUGGAGGCAACUUUGCGAAACUGAUAAUUGGGGCUCGCAGGUACAUGGGUCACCGCCAAAAAUCCAUAAAACCAGACAAGGGGCUCAUGUCAAAAUCCUUAGGGGACCCGUACAUGGGUUGGGCCACCUUUGUGGAAGACGUGGUUGUCACCCACCAGACACGGACCGGAUUGCCUGAAGCAACAUUUCCUAACUACGACAUCUGGGAGAACCCUCUGACUCCAUGCAUGUGUAGAGCCUGAUCCCGACUUUAGUCUUUUCUAGUGUGUCCUUCAACUCUUCAAGAACUUGUGCAUAAGUAACUGAGAAGAUUCUCACGUCGUGUUCUCCACAAAGGUAUGAAACCAAUCUCCUCAUGCGAUCCUGUCCUUUGCUGGGAUACUACAGUUUUGUAUACUGAACAUUAGCUCAAAUUUCAUUUUUCCUUCUAUUGUUGAUUAAUGAUAUUAUGUAAAUUAUGAUUAAUAUGUGGUGCUCAAAAUAUCGGUAUCAAUGUAUCAUAAACAGACGCUGGCUGCAAACAUGGAUUAUUAAUGAAUCCGGAUUGGAUGCAUUCUGUGAA